GAGACACAGACAGCAGCAGCACAGGGUGGAGUGACGCCCCUCUGGUCUGGAGGUUCACUAUCUGAGUGAGUCUGUUGAUCUGCAGGAGACUGAUUACACUGGCAUCAUGUGCUGCUGCUUCCUCCUGCUGCCUGUGCUCACGGUGCUCACUGGGACUGUGGAGCCAGUCGCAGGGUUCAGUAAUGGGAAGGUGGGUGUAGCCUGUGGAGACAUGGCGCCUCAGCAUGGGUACGAGCCCAGUCCAGACCCGCCUCCCUACAGCAUCACUGUGGACAAACCCACCUUCAGGCCUGGGGACAACAUCACAGUGACUUUGAGAGUGGCCCCCUCCUCCUCCUCCUCCUCCCCGUCCUCCGCUGACCACACAUUCUUCAGGGGCUUCCUGAUAGAAGCUCGGGAUGCUGGGAAACUGGACCUGCCUGCAGUGGGAUUCUUCAUCCUGACUGACCCUCGUCAGUCCCAGCUGCUGCAGUGUGGCCACACUCAGGGAUCUGGACUGAGCCACAAUGGAGGCACAAAGAAGACUCAGGUCCAGGCUGUGUGGGAGCCUCCAGACACCCCCCCACAGAAAGUCCAGUUCCUUGUGACGGUGGUGCAUGACUAUAAGGUGUACUGGGUGAGGAUUGCAGGUCCUGUGGUGUCUCUGAGAGGAGCCACCGCAGCUCCGCCCACCGCAGCUCCGCCCACCGCUGCUCCGCCCACCACUGCUCCACACACCCCUGUUCCCGCUGAAACCACCAGCCCUGCUGCUCUGUCCUCACCGUUUAGCUCGGGGGGGUGUGGCCUCAGUAAGUCCUGCCUCAGAGACCCAGUGGGCUGUCACCCAGAGUCAGACCCCGGCUGUUUCUUCCUGUCCUUCACCGCGGAUGGAGCAGGACGGAGCGUGAUGUUUGAAGUCAGUGGUCCAGCGGAGGGUUACGUGUCCUUCGCUCUGUCUCUGGAUAAAUGGAUGGGCGAUGAUGACGUUUAUCUGUGUGUCAGUGAUGGAGGCGGAGUUUCCAUCAGCGCUGCUCACGUCUCUGGACGAACACCCCCUGAGCUGGAAACAGAGGAUGCUGUGUGGGGUCGGGCCUGGAGACUGGCAGACGGGGUCAUCCAGUGUCGUUUCCAUAGAAACAUCCUCCUACAGAAUAGGUUCGACUUAAACCAGAGCUACUUCCUGUUUCUGGCUCAUGGUCGAUCUCACCGAGGUCUGAUCCACAGACACCACCAUCAGCCGCUCAUCUCCACCAAUCAGAAGGUGAUCACUGGACGUCCCGAGGAUCUGAUUGGCUCCCGCUCCCCGCUGCUCAUCAAGGUCCAUGGUGUGCUGAUGCUGACUGUCUGGAUGUGGACGGUGAACACGGCCGUCUUCGUCGCUCGCCACUACAAACACUGCUGGCCUGACACCACCGUGCUGGGACAAAGACUCUGGUUUCAGCUCCAUCGGACCAUGAUGCUCUUGGCUGUGGUCCUAACUAGUGUGGCCUUCACGCUGCCUUUCAUAUACAGGAGGGGAUGGAGCGAGGGUGCCGGCUCUCACCCUUACAUAGGCUGCGCUGUCAUGGCUCUGUGUGUCAUCCAGCCAAUUAUGGCGGUUCUCAGACCGGUGCCAGAGUCCCCCAGGAGGAUCAUCUUCAGCUGGCUGCACUCUGGAGCCGGCACAGCUGCACAGAUACUCUCCACGGUGUGUGUGUUCCUGGGUGCUGCUCAGCAGGCGCUGCUGUUACCCAGUCCCUGGUCUCCCUCAGUGCUGACUGCCUGGCUGCUGUGGAUCCUGCUGGCAGAGCUGCUGCUGCUGGUCCACAGAAGAAGAGAAAACAGCAGCAGUGACGACACAGAGAAUAUUCUGUUUUCUCAGUUUGAGAAGUGGCAGCAUGAAGAGAUUCCCACAGUGAAGACAAUGGUGUUUGUGGUGUUCCUCAUAGGAAACACAGGCUUCCUGGCUGCUUUCCUAAAAGCUAUUGCAUCUUUAUAAUCAUGACAAAUGAUCAUCAGCUAUGAGACUAUCUUGUUAUUGUUGUAUAAAAUAAAUACAUAUGUGUGUGUUAUUAAAGGAUGAUUUUUCAGUGUUA